UAUAUUGGGGAGCCCUCGCAGCGCACGGACCUGGGUUUCUCUGCGACGGGUCCGGGACGUGGUCACCACACGGAGACGAAAGGAAAAAGGAAACGUCUUUUUACCUGGAAAUAAAUCGAUAUAUAAAUCAAUAAUCAAAGAUGCCUGCCAAUAAAGACGACGGCGGAUGGAAGCAGUUUGUGUGGAACUCUGAGAAAGGAGAGUUUCUCGGUCGUACCGGAGGCAGUUGGUGUGAGUAUGGUCGCCCGGGGGGUUUGUGAAGAAAUGGUGGGGGCGCGCUCUCGCAGAUGUUGAGAGCGCGCACCGGUCGCCUCGUGUUUCCUACCACCUGUUUGAUUUGGUGCAUUCAGGGACACAUGGCCGCAUUAGAGCGCCGCUAAACCGAGAGACCGAACUCCAUUCAGUGUUAAACUUUGUCAGAACGGAUCCCCACAGGUUGAGGUGUUAGAAAGUGGUCCUGUCUGAGGAGGUUAGGGGUUCUGUGGCUGUUUUUACGCACUCAGAGCGCGCAGACUUGGCGCUGCAUGCGGCCAAUGAGCGGACCCCUGUCUGUCUGUUUGUUGUCAGGACGUCAACUUUUUAAUUUGGGAAGGUUUUGAAAGGGUUAAAAAUGCAUCAUGGUCCAAGGUGAGUCAAGGUGAUAGGGCCUGCUCAGGAAACGGAGCGCGAGGACUAUCGAUCCGUGUCGGGUUCCUGUGAUCAGAUGUCUCUGUAAUCUAACGAACAAUACAACUGAUUAACUCGCUCGACCUUUCGUCUCCUGUUUCCCUGACAGCUGUGUGCACUGCGCAUGUCCUUGCUCCUCCGCCUCUCAAUGUCACACACACACUCACACAGAGACACACUCCUACACAACCACACACAUACACACACACUUCAGCCCAGUCUAGACUCUGACACCUGGGUAAAAAUAAUGAUUCACUGACAUGGUGUCUGCUGCAGAAGUCCUGCUCAUGAGUGGGAGUGUGGGAGUGUGUGUGUGUGGCUCAUAUUUGUCCUUCUGAGGUCAUCUGAAAAUGCUGAUGCAUUGGGUAAAGUGCCAUGCGCAGCUCUCUGUGAUGAAGGUGGGGAUGGAAGGACAUCCAGCCUGAUGUGGGACCUCCUUAAAAGAAGUUUGCAUCAUCACACAUGAAGUUAGCGUGUGUCAUGAGUGCAGUGUACUCCUCUGAGCCAAAACGUCUUGUGAGGAGCUGUAAAGUCCCACAGGAGUGUCCCUGCAUCUUUUUAAAGCCUAAAUAAUGUCAUUUAUCAUCCGUGUCAGGCUGUUGUGACCUUUUGUCAUUGCUUCAUGCGCCAGAAAUCCAGCCUGCAUGAGUGUCGAGCCUGUUAGUGCAGAUAAGAGAGUUCUAACAGUCUUUUACCCCUCAAUGCACAGACUUUACACUUGAUUUCCCCCCCAAAAUCUUUACGGACAAAGGCUGCCACUGUCCCGUUUGAUACUGAAUGCAGGCUUUGUAGCUCCUCUGUUAGCAUGUCUGUGUCCGUCAGACAGAUGCUGGAGAAGACUACGUCAUGUUGAAAUGACUUUGAGGAUGUGUGAGUUCAAAAAGCAUCACUGUAUCAUCAUUAUGGUCCAUAAUAUGCAAAUUGAUGGGAAGUUUUGUACUCAUGUUAAACUUUUUUGAGCUUCCCAGCACGUAGCUCAAAGCAGCAGAAAGUGCUCAGAAAAAGCGAUAAAACAAAGAGAGAACAAAGUUGGAAAAUUUAGUUUUAAUGUUUUGUUGCAGGUCACAUAUGAAGAGCGACCGCUUCACAGAAAAGCUUCUGUAGCUUUACGAAAUGGAACUUUUACACAGGAUUAGGUGUGCUGUUGUGAAAUAGAUGUCAGUUAUAGUCUCGAAUAGUGUAUGAAUGCCCUCAAAGGUUCAUUAGAUCCAUGAGAGGCCAUAUUUGCAGCAGUUGUAACCUUGAGUCUGUAUCAGCCCGGCUCACUGCAGAUGGUCCUCCAUUUUUCUGCAGGAGUCGUCAGGCUCAGUCUGGACUUUAUUACUGACUCUGGAUAAGAUCUUUGGUUUCGCUCUGGGUCUGAAAUUAAACAUUUCUGUCUGACACUGUGGAGAAGAUUUAAAACUACAAACACGGAGGCGAAGGGACUGUUCUGUAGAGAUUUAUCUAACAUUUCUGAGCGUAAUAGUAAGAGAAUGAGCUAUAAGCCGUGGUUUAAGGUGGCCUGAGUACAACAGGAAGUAUUUAUUGUCUCUGCACCUUGUCCUUAAAACUGAGUGUGCACCUUUCUAUCAAUUCUACAAUGCCUGAAGUAAAUCAGCCGGAGUGUUUGAACAGAAACACUCCAGCAGCUUUAUUCGAGGUAGAUUUCAUCAGCGUUUGCUAAGAUCCGGGUGUAUUUCGGAGGUGGUACACUCUGAAUUCUGUCCUGUGCUGUGACCUUUGUCCCCUCCAGAGUAACCUUCUUUCUAAAGCUGUUCCUGUGCAGAGUAGCUUUGCAGAUUUUUCAGCGUAUUUGUUGUAUUUUCGGCAUGUUUUUGACCCUUCGUGAGUUCACACAUCCUUCCCCCCUCCCCUUCCACCUUUAGCCUCAUGCCAGGGCUGUUGUUAGCCUCCUGAUGUGUAGAAUCAAUCAAUUAAAGCUGCUCCUCAACAGCCUAGAAGCCGAAUUUAAUUAUUUAUGGUCCCAUGAGAGCAACGGCUCUUCUGUCCGUCAUGUGAGCGCGUCCUGAACAGCAGCCGCUCUCUGAGCGUGCAGCUGUGGAGGUGACAGAAAACAUGCAACUGUGACUGUACACACACUCCCUACAGCUGCUCCACAUGACAGAGUGUGUGCACACAUCUGGUGGGUUUCCUCCCACACACACACACAUGUAUCGGAGGAUGUCUGGUUUGUUAAACUGUUUGGUUUUACUCCAACGGCUUGACAAGGACUCAUCCGUCACACCUUCAUGACACAGAGGUCACCUCCUGAAACAUCUCACGACUCCUCUGCUAAUUAAAACUUGUAUUCAAGCUUCAUGAAGAUCUGAAAAACUAAUUAAAAUAAUCACCAAAUGUGUCUUUAUCCUUGUAAUCGGCUUUAGGAAUUAACUUGAGGAGGAAAAAAAGGUCAAAUUAUCUUUAUCCCGUGUCUAAAUAAAAAGAAUAAUUUUGGAUUUUAUCCUUUCAUUAUGGAAGAAAAGUUAAUACGUUUAAGCUUUAACCAAAACAUAACAUUCAUGGACACUUAACUGAUUAACAACACAUCUUUUAGCAGAGAAAACAGCCAAUUAAAAAGUAUUUGUUGAGGUUAAAUCAUAAAUUAAAGUUUGCAGGUCUACUUAACUGCAUUCAUUCAUUAAUAAAUCAUAAAUCAUUUGAAAAUUACUCAAAGUAAACAUUAUUGGUUACAUUUCCCCCCCUAAAACUAGUAUUUAACAUAUUAGAGCUGAUCACAAUGUUACAUUUGAGUUUAUUUUUUUGAUUUAGACUGCAGCAGCUCAUCUUUUAUCAGUCAUUACGGUUAAAACAUUGUAAAGUUAAACUUUUGUUUUUUCAUGCCUAAUACAUCCAAAAUAUGCUCAAACUUGUUUUAAAAAAAUCGAUGAAUCCAAGUGAAAUGACUUUCAGUUUCAGUUUGAUAUAAAACAGAAUUAAAUUUAAUAAUAAUGCAAAAAAAAAAAAAAGUAUUUAAAAGAAGAAAAAGUCACUUAGUUCUCAAAGGCUGUUAUCUGAAACCUCUGUGGGGUGUCAGCUUAAGUCAUAGAUUGCACGCAGUUGAAACAGUUGAUCUUUGUUUUAUAUGCUCCACAGCAGAUACUCAGUGAUGAUGUAUUUUGCUAAAAAAAAAAGAAAAAAAAGGGAGUUGUCGGGCGGCCGUCAUGAGGGCGAUAGUUCACUUAGGGUUCAACUCUAACCAGUCAUUCUUGUGUCCUGCUUCUUCUGUGGCCCUUUUCCUCUUUCAAAAUUAAUCCACAGACGAGAGAAUUAAACAUGUAGAAGACAUAAUCAAAGACUGAUUUGUCCAGAGGGGGCGCCAGAAUCAACACUUCCCAGUCCCUCACUGAGCUUAAACACAUCACACUAAAGUUAUUUUUACGUUAUGGGUUUUCCCUCACCUUCUUUAACCAGAAAAUCCUAAUUUAAUCGAAAAAUAUAAAGUUUAACUUGUUUUUUUCCACUCGCUGUGUCAUAUUUAUUAUCAUUGUAGUGAUAUCAUCAUCUGUUUUUACUCUGAUUUCUUAAGUUCCCUGUGCUCCCGGACUAAAACCUGUGUUUUAUUCCUCCUCCUCUGCAGUUAAGAUCCUGCUCUUCUACGUCAUCUUCUACGGCUGUCUGGCCGGCAUCUUCAUCGGGACCAUCCAAGCCUUGUUGCUCACACUGAGCAACUUCAAGCCCACCUGGCAGGACCGAGUCGCACCCCCAGGUGAGAGCUCACACAAACAGAUCUGCCUGUGAGGCUAGAAACCUUCUGUGGACACAAACACACACACACACUCAGUCACGUUUAGAAUAAACAGAGCCGUUUUUUGCUGAGUAAUAGGAUGACUUUGUGUUAUUUUGGAUGACGCCUGUUAACUCGGAGGAUCAGAGGCUGCCUCGCUGACAUCAGACUGUUUUCAUGACUCUGUCAGGGUGAAUACAGGGUGAAAUAUUUCAGUGCAGUGAGUGAGUGUAAUUAUGAAUAAUCCUCCUCCCCGGCUCAGGUUAAAUCUGACUCAAACAAACAAAAAUAUUUUCAGAUAAGUUAAUUUUUAAGCUGCUUUAACUAUUAAAAUGAGGCUGAGGCAGCUGCGAUAAAUCCACUGUUAGCAUUUUAAUGAAGGUCCUCUUAAAGAUAGUUGUUAAAUCCUUAGGGGGAAAAGAGUCAAACAUUACAGAUCCCAUCCUCUAAGGUGAACAAAUCAUUUUUGUACACAAGUAUGAAGUAUGAUAAAUGACAAAACCCUGAUGAAGGAACUUUGAGGUUUGGUAACCAUCCUUUUAAUUUUUGUUUUUUAUAAAUCUCUUGUAGAAACAAAACCUUGUGUACAAGUGCUGAUUUAGAAACUUUAUGAGUACCAUCGACUUAUGAAGCAUCUCUCUUCACAUUGCGUCUAUGCAGAGCUGCCUUACAGUCUUUGCUCUUGAGCGUUAAAGAAUAAAAUAUUCCGCAAAUACAGUUUUAUCCCUAUAAAACUGACCCUGUGAAACUGCUUUCACUCACUCACUGGUCUUCAUACAGGAUGUAGAAGCAUAAAAAGUGUCUGCUUCCACUAAACCGACCUCAAAGUUAAUUGAUGUUCUUUUAGUUUCGCUGCGGAGGUCGAGGAUGGACUUGAACGCUGAAGAGUUAUGUAAUUUAAAAGCAUUAUUUAAGUAUCAUUAACCCUCAGCCCUCUGCAGGAGGAAUAAUCCAGGAGUGUCUGCAGCCUGUUUUAAUGUCAUCACAUGUUUCUGUCGUCUUUGUCUCUGGGAUAAUGUUAUGUAACUAAAGAAAAUUCUGCGCAGCAUCAUUUUUUUACUGGAAAAAACCUCCAAAUUUCAGCCUCUUGACUUUUUACUCAGAGAGGGACAAGAAUAUCUUUUUUUUUCAUAACAUGUCAAUAAAAAGCAGGAGGAGCAUGCAGAUUCUUCUCUUCCCAACACCGCUUUUGUCUGCUUUUUAGAGCCUAACAGUUGUGUAAUACUUCAGUUUUCCUGGUUCUUACUUGAGUUUCAUUCAAAAAGCCUCAUGCAAACAGUAUCUUAUCUUCAGCAGCUUGAAUGACAUUUGAUUCCAGAAGGUUUAAUCUUUUUGUGCUUGUUGACAGCACAGACUGUAUCGGAGACAAAGAUGUGAAGCUCAACGCCACAGUGACGCUGAUUCUUUGAUAAACAUGCAGAGAUUUAUCUGAAAAGACGCAAACACAGAAACAGUAAAUCUGAUGAAAGCCGAGGAAACGACCGGCCUCAAUGACACGUUUCUGUCAAACUCUCAGAGUAUCAGAGGUGUUAAAGAAAAAAACUCCCCACAUCAACGUCCCUGAAAAGCACCUGUGCCUACUGUGUACACACACCACAGCCUGGUUUCCAUGGCAAAAACACACUGAGCAUGUGCAGAGCGCGGCCUAUACAGCAGCUGUUGAGUGGACAGAGCAGGAUGAAGGCUGCUGUUUGCUCGUAAAAUGAAGAUUAAUCAGUAGGCAUAUCAGAGAGCAUUGUGUUCGUUUUGAGGUCAUACAAACAAGUGAAAUCUGCGCUCAGUCCCCGGCGCCACGGUCAGCUGAUUAGAGUGACACCGUGUUCAAAACAUUCAGCUCAGAUGGAGUUAAACUGACACGGAGCAGGAGUUUAUAUCAGUGUUUGGUGCUCAGAUAUACAGAAAAAAGUCCUUUAGCCCCCCCCCCCCUCCAAGAGUCACAUGAGAUCUAUCAGUUUCAGAUCCGGACCUGAUUCAGCUAAUUCAGCUCACUUUAGCUGAGGAGGAAGCUAUCUGUAUCCUGGAAGCUCACACAUGACACUUCAGAAUCUGCAGAAUUAUCAGAAACGCAGAUUUUCUGACCCAGUCAGUGUCCCUGAAUCAACAAAACUCAGAUACUGCAAAACUCAAGUUUCAAAGAUGGAUCUUUUUUUGUUGCUCACAGGCUUUGAUUGAGUUUGUGACAACAUUAGACAAACAGCCCCUGAGGAAAGAGUCUUUUUUUUUAUUUUUUUUAAAGAGUAACAUACUUAAGUAUAACUAAAACCAACUCCAGAAUCCAGACUCCACCGGCAAAUCAGUGAAUUUAUCCUCCAGAACAUGUGAAUUGCUGGUCUACCUCUGCCUCAGAUCUGUUUUUACGUGACUUUCAUUGUCAGUUCAGGAGCAAAAAAGUAUUUGUUGGGCAAACAGUCACACAAAAAGGACUAAGAUUGAGGCAGAGGAAGAUCAGCAACUCCUGUAUUUUACAAGAUAACAGUGUCUGACAACGUAACAGAAAUAGUUCCUUUGAGUAAAAAAGUUUUUUCUAAAUAAGACCAGCCAUCACAUGGCUCUCUUUAGAACCAGACUCUAAUGUCAAUAACAGCACUUCUGGAUUUCAAAAUAUAGGAGUUCCUGAUCUACCUCUGCCUCAUUCCCUGAAUGAGUCUGCUUAAACUUUAUAAAAUUUUCAGUCCAGAUCAGACAUCGUAUAUUUGUUACAGAUAUCAUCAAAAUCUAACUGAUCUAAGGAAGAAAUAGAUCAGCAACUCCUAAGAUAAAAUAUCUGCUAUGAUGACAGUGCUCUUGGCAACAACACAGAAAAGAGAAAAAAGUUUUUUUUUUCAGGAAGUUGCUUUAUUUUACCAGAAACAUUUGUUACAUCACCCUCUUUAAAGCCAUCAACACUCUGAAUACACAGAUUGAUUUCUGGUAAAUCUCUGCAGACAAAGGCUGCCACUGUCUGAUCUUGAGUGAAUGCAGGCUUUGUAGCUCCUCUGUUGGCAUGUCAGUGUCUGUCAGACAGACUUUGAGGAAGUGUAGGAUCAAAAAGUCAGAUCAGUAAAAAGCUGAUUAACUGGAGUGAAUGUGAAGUUUUGUACUUUGUAAAACUUUAAAGCAGCUUUUGAACAUUUGUCCUUCCUCUACCCUUAAAAAGUUUGUUAGACAGGUCAUAUUUGCAGCAGUUUUGCCUCGAAACCUUCACUCUUGUACAAUGAUGUAUACAUCAAGUGCAAAGUGUCAUUAAACUCUAUUGGUAAGAAUGGUAGUUAUAGUGUGCACAUCAUUAAAGUUGCUGCUCUACCCCUGCGUUGAUCAGUUAGUAGUUUUAAUGUGGAAAUGAUCUGUUCAGACUGAACACAGAAUUUUAAAAAGCUGUAAAAAUAAGUUGCAGAUUUGGACAGAGGAACAUCAGCAACUGCUAUGUCCUGCAAGGUAAUGAGAAUUUUCUUUUAGCAAGUGUCUGAAAAUCAAAGACAAAGCCAAUUGUAGCAAUAUUUUCUUCACAUACAAUAAUGCCACAAUCUUGCCAUCUGAGGCAGAGGUAGAUCAUCAACUCCUGUGUCCCGUUUUGUUUUUAUUACAGACAGGAUCCUUAGAAACAAUCUUUUUUUUCUAAUAAUAGAGACUUUUUUAAAGCUGGAAACUGUUGUUACAAACCCAACACAAUAUUUAGAGUGUAAACAGUGACAUUAAAAAUGCGUAGCGACAGAUGAAGGUAAAUCAGCGACUCCUGUGUUCUAAUGUAAGUAACUGAUUUUGUCUUUGUAGUCUGAUUGCUUUAAUAGUGACGCACUGUCUGAUGGGAUUUAUAUUUUUGUUAAUGCGUCCUGAAACAUAAAUAAAACUUUGAGCCUGUUAAUGACACAAACAAGAACUUUUUAGGGACAUAGCGAUGUAAAUGAAGUUGCUUUGGAGCAGUUAAAUCCGCCUCAGGAUUUCCGGCUGAAGUAAUCGCCUGGAGCAGCUCCAAACCUCUGAGGCCAGAGACUAUUUAAAAUAGUUCUCAGGUUUAAAACACCAGAGUUAGAGUGUAACAGUGCGGCUGAUGUUGUGUCCCUGCAGGCCUUACACACUUCCCACGAUCAGACAAAUCUGAAGUGUCCUUCAACCUCAAUGACGUGGAGACCUACGUGCCUUACACCAAGGCCUUGAAGGAAUUCUUAGCCAAGUAUGAUGAAGAGAGCCAGAGGGACCAGUUGAAGUUUGAAGACUGUGGAGGUAGGUUUUACCCUUACGGGGUCCUUUACUUUGGAAUUCUCUGAUCUGAUCUGAAGUCCCUCAAACCCGUGUUCAGACCUCACAGAGAGUAAUUGAAACCUAACUUAUCCUGUCAUUCCCCUCCAGAGGACCCAUCAGAGUACAAGAACCGUGGAGACCUGGAGAGCGAUAUUGGCAUCAGGAAGGCUUGCCGUUUCUCCAAGACUGUGCUGGGUCCCUGCUCCGGCAUUGAAGACCGUGAGUUUGGUUUCAAGGAUGGAAAGCCAUGCCUGAUUGUGAAGCUCAACAGGAUCGUCAACUUCCGUCCAAGGGUAAUUUACAAGUUCUGAAAGCCAGAGGGUGUUUUUGACUUGGAUGUUCUUGGGGGGGGGGGGGGGAGUAGGGUUUAAAGCAGACAAGAUGAAGUCCUAAAUCCUUAAUCAGGAGUUUACAAGUCUGGAGGUCAUAAAUAUAUGUAAACUUGACGGUUUAGGUGGAUUAAAACUUAAGGGAUAAAUAUGGUUUAUGAUGAUAUACAGAGGUUGAGUUUGGUUAAAUGUAGACUUGGUUGGUACUCUGCAGUGUUGUUUUCGUUGACGAUGAUGAAAUAUUUUUGUCAACGUCAUCGUCAAUGAAAACGACACUGGUACUCUGAAUGCAAAAACAAAGAUGGAUGGAUGAAUGGGAUAAAAAAAAAGUAAAAGUACAGAGAACAAGAUUACCUACAUGAGUCAAAGUACAUGUGAUGCUUUUAUUUUGAAAUUUGUUCUUUCUUAUACCCACAUUGCCCUUCCCCCCUAAUGUAAAAUCAUGCUUUUAUUUUAAGAUAUGGCUGAUGCUACCUCCUGAUAGAUUAAAGUUUGGGACUGAAUGACAACUACUGCCCCCUACUGAACCAAUUGGUCACUAGCUGUUACUUUGUGCCUAUUUUAGCACCAUAUAUUACAGCAGCAGUGCAAAUGCAAAUUAAGAACAGAACUGUCUAAAAAUCUCUGCAGUCCACCUUCUAACUUCUCUUCUUAUUUAGCCUCCUUCCACCAAUGACAGCAUCCCUGAGGAGGCUCAACCCAAAGUGCAGCCCAACGUCAUCCCCAUCUACUGCACCAACAAGGUACGCAAGCAAGCUUAAACCUAGCUGCAAUAUCAAGAGGUUAAAAUGUAGAAAAGAGGGUAUCUUCACGCUUAACUUUGCUGCCUCACUGAAGAUCAUACACAAAGGGUUGUUGCAUACUGCUGACAACAUUUCCUCGCUCGUCUCUUGCAGAAAGAGGAGGAUGCCGGUAAAAUCGGCGAGAUCAAGUACUACGGCAUCGGUGGCGGCUUCCCCCUGCAGUAUUACCCAUACUACGGCAAGCUGCUGCACCCCCACUACCUGCAGCCUCUGGUGGCGCUGCAGUUCACCAACCUGACCAUGAACACUGAACUGCGCAUCGAGUGCAAAGUGUUUGGAGACAACAUCCACUACAGCGAGAAGGACCGCUAUCAGGGACGCUUUGACAUUAAGAUCCAGGUUAACAGUUUAUGACCGACGUCAGGACGGUAGCACUUUCCCCGACCGACCCUCCCCCACACUGCCCCCUUUGUUCUUAACUCAAUCUUAAGUAGGAGAUCAUUAUAAUAUAUUUAAAGUGAGGGGGCAGUCCAUAGCGGUUAAGUCAAUCACAACUAGUCUUUAAUUCUUAAAUGAAAAGAAAAAAAAACAUGCUAGGGGACCGACGUGUAAUCUGUCUUCUGUCAUCUCUAGCUUCCACUCCAGUGUAGCGUUAGGUUGUAAUUUUAGAGGAAAACUAGAAAUAGGCCUAAAUAAACUAUAUUUAUUCUGCUGUAAAUGACUUUUCCACAAGCCAUGGGACAUUGUUCAUCAACGACUGUAAAGCCGAAUCAUCUCCGGCGCGUAGCGAGCUGUGUUUGUCCCCUCUGCGCAUCGCUGCCUUGUGUGGUGACAGUAGGUAUUUUCGUCGCAAAAUCCGGUCCUUUUUAAAAAAGCCACGCUGUCCCUCUGUGAGCAAGCUUUAGCUGUUCAGUGUGUGUGCGCGCGUGUGUGUCCGUGUGUGUUCCACGUGAACACACUCCUCCUGCUUAAUGAUUGAAAUGGUUUGACUCGGUACACUCUUCUGAUCUGUGGAAGGAAAAGGCUGCACUCCAGGGAACUUCUUUCCUCUUUUUAUCGUCUUUUACACCUGAUCACUUUUUACUUUUUCUUUUUUUUUUUUUUUUUUUGUUGUUGCUUCGUUGAAUCAUUUUACUGUGUGAAGGGGUUUUAUAACUUGGUUUCAUGCCUUUUACUCUUUGAUUUGCCUUGACUGUAGAGUUGUGUCUCCAGCCUGUUCGACCUUGGCCUGCUGCUGUAAAGGCGACGGUGCUAACUCCACUUUUAGAGAUUAUUUUUCUUCUCUUUUUUUUUUUUUUUUCCGCUGGAUUCAUCACAUCAUGGUGGUGUAACUCUCUGAAUGUUUUAGCCAUUAAACAUGGUGGAAGAAUUUUAUAUUUAUGCAGUUGUACAUUUUGUUUCUUUGCAGAAUAUUGUAAUGUAUAAAUGCAAAACCAAAGUUGAAGAGAGUCUCUAUCAGAAGCAAUGCAGUACUUUGUUUUUAGGAUCUCACUAUGUUAAGUGCUAAAGUCGAUGUCUUGCCUUGCGACCUCUCAUAGUUAAACUCUUAAUUUGUGUCUUGGACAUGAAUGUAGUGUAGGUGUAUAUGAGCAGGUAACACUCCACCUGACGUUUAUGCAUUUAAAAAAAAAAAGAUACGAGUUCUUACGGAGCUCAGUGGCUUUAGAUGAAAUGAUGUUGGCUUUAAAAACCAUAAACUCCAAAACGAUGUUCGACCUGAACUACUCCAUCAGUCAACACUCCAUCAGUUCACCCACCUUUGUCAUUUAAUCAAUUAAGAAACAAAUAAAAUCAAAAUGGACCUUUU